GCCUCCUCACGGACCAUAUAGUGAACGCUUGUACGGCGGCGCGCCGGUUUUGUUGUGUCGGUUUUUUUUUUUAAUAAUUUUUGUGCGGUUUUAUCGCUCUUGUCGGACGGUUCUGUUGUAUUUGUUUAUAUAUUUAAAUAUAUUGAAAUAUAUAUAUAUAUUAAAAAAAAAAUAUAUGUAUACACGUGAUUAAAUGUUUAUAAAAUAAAUAAAUAUGUAUAUAUUUAUUCGUAUAUAUAAUAUAUAAUAUAUUUGUUAAAAAAAAACCCAAGUGAUAGACAUCGUUGUUCGUUUUUUCGGUUUGGUUUUUAAAAAACGGAUCGCGAUUAUUUUGUUCGAAAUUUUCAUAAAAAAAAAGGAACAAUAAUAAUAAUAUUAUUAUAUCGAACCAUGUACCGCGUCAUGAUGGAAAGCUCGCCGGGCUGUAAUACCGGUGUGAUUUAAUCCAAUACACGGUCCUGUCGGUUAGAUAUACAUAAUAUUAUAUUAUAUUAUUAUGCUAGGUCGUUUCAUUUAGACGUUAAUAGUGUGCGUGUGUGUGUGUUUAAUUGGUGGUCGUCAGACGAUUAACAAAGGAAAUGAACGUGUUUGGUUGUUGUUGUCGUUGGAAAACGGUUUUGAUUUUGCUGUUGGUGAUCGACGGCGUUACGCGGGCUUACGCUGGACAUGCUUCCAGUUUAAAGUCGCAUUUCAAAGAGCCGCCGUACCCACAACAGGUGCCGUGGACACCGCCGGAAUUGGGUGGCACCGGUUUAAUAGACCCUUCGGCGUCGCCUUCUCCACCGCCUCUACCCACCGAACCGCCGCCCAAGUGCUCGGAAAUCACCGGUCUGUCGUCCGGUCAGGCCAAGCUAUGCCUGCUCUACGAGGAACACCUGGCGUCCAUCCGGCACGGUGUCCAGGCGGGACUCGGCGAGUGCCGGUCACAGUUCCUGCACCGCCGGUGGAACUGUUCCAUGACCGCCGAGAACACGGGCGCUUUCCUAGGCCCCGAGCUGCAAACAAGUAGCCGUGAGGCGGCGUUCGUUCAGGCGAUCAAAGCGGCCGGCGUAGCGCAUGCUAUGGCACGUGCCUGCAGAGAUGGUCGGCUGAACACAUGCAGCUGCUCGAGGUCCGGGAGACCGAAAGACCUGAGGAGGGAUUGGGUUUGGGGAGGCUGUGGAGAUAACAUGGAAUACGGAUACAAAUUCACCAAAGUAUUUUUGGACGUCAAAGAAAAGGAGAAGAGAUGGAAAAAAGGAACACCGGAACAAGGCCGGAGUCUAAUGAAUCUGCACAACAACGAGGCUGGCAGACGGGCCGUACUCAAAAAAUCUAGAGUCACGUGCAAGUGCCACGGCGUUUCCGGUUCGUGCAGUUUGAUCACCUGUUGGCAGCAAUUGCCGACAAUUCGCGAGCUGGGGGAUUACCUGAAGGAGAAGUACGAAGGAGCCAUCGAAGUGAGGGCCACCAGACGGGGAAGGUUGCAGAUCAGAGACCCCAGGUUCAGUCUGCCGACGGCCAGCGAUCUGGUGUACAUCGACGAUUCUCCCAACUACUGCAUAAGAAACAUCACAGCCGGUUCAAUAGGUACCCAAGGCCGCGAAUGCAACCGCACUUCGCACGGGAUGGACGGAUGCAGUCUGUUGUGUUGCGGCAGGGGAUACAACACCCAAAGGCAGGUGACGAAGGAGAGGUGCGAAUGCAAAUUCCACUGGUGUUGUUACGUGCAGUGCAAGACUUGUGUGCGCAACGCCGAAGUGCACACGUGCAAGUAGAACGCGGGACGGGAUUUUUUUUCCAUAACACUAUAGCUAUACCGAACGAAAAGAAAAGAAAAAUGAAAAACAUCACAAGACGAAAAUAUUGAUUUUUAUUUUUUGAACAGCAUCAUCGAACGCGCGUUAGAUCUCAAAACGAAAACUUUCGACUUUCUCGAAAUCGUCCCACCCCCUCCCCCCCUUGUCUUCUUAUUUAUAUAAAUAUAGGAUUUAUAAGAAUUUUUCAAUUUUUUUUUUAUUAUUAUAUAUUAUUACAAAUAUGUAUAUGACGUAUUCAUACUAUUACGAUUUUUUUUUUUUGUCUCUUCGAACACAUUAUACGACUUUUGCAAAUUAUUUUAUUUUUAUUUACUUUAAAAGAUAUAGCUACGCCAACGUUCCGGGCGAGACUAUUAUAUUAUUAUUAUUAUUUAUUACUAUUAUUAUUAUUAUUAACAAAGUGCGGAUUUAUUUUGUUUUUUUCUGUUAUCGGACUAUUUAGAAAUAUUUAAAAAAAAAAAAACCAAGCGAUAGACAUUGUAAAUAUUAAUAAUUAAUAUUUUUUAACGUUAAUGUAGUUAUUUAUUAAGGCUAUUUAUUCGGUUUCGCCGUUAGUCGACCGAGACACGGGUUAUAGCCAACAACUAGUAUGUAAUAUUAUAAUAUAGUAGACUAUUUAUUUUAUGUUAUUAAGACUUUUGUUUUUCUUCGAAAAUUCGUCAUUUUUUUUUCUUUUAGCAACUUCUUAAUAUACAAUAUUAUACGUGUAAUAAUUUAAAAAAUAUAUCUUUCAUUAUAAUUUCUACACAUGUAGUAGUUUAUCGUAUAGAGUUGUGCACAAAUUGGAAUAAGAAAAAAUAUAUAAAUC